AUGGAUCCAUUCUACGAGUCACUCCAGCCUCUUGGGUCUGAAAAACAUUAUACAGAACGGACAACUCCCGUUACUAACCCGUUAACGGAAGCAAUGAGACACAGAGAAAAAGAUUUUCAAUCACAAAUCCCCGAGGUUUCAAGAAAAUACGACUCCACCCACCAAAAAGAGCUGCAGUUAUUUUCUUAUGUUGAAGAACUCAAUGAACACACCUUGGAAAGCAGAGCUCUGAAUAUGGGAUCAUAUGAUGGUUCACAGAUUGAAACUUGUGAUUCUGACGAAUUGAACUUACCCCAAGAACUCACCGCUGCUCCAAUCGACAAAGAUGCUAUUCGUCAUAAUUCGCAAUGGGACAAAUUGGUCAUGCAAGAGUUUUUCAAUUACAUGAAGAAGCCAAUUAAAUCAAAGUUCAGCGUAAGCAAACUUUCUUAUAGUUUUCUCAAGAAACACCCUGCAAAUGUUGGGUGGACUACUGUAGGAAGGCGCUUCAAACAAUUGUAUUACGAACGCUUGCGAGAUCCUGAAGUGUCGGAAUCGGAAAAAAUCGAAAUGGUGACAGCAAAUAAAAACUGGAGAGUGCCGAAGAAAAUUCAAAAGCAGUUGCAAAGAAAAGCUUUUGUGAAUUUCGACAAAGAUAACAAAUUUGUUGAUUCUUGGCAAAUGUCAGAAAACACGGUGGAAACGAAUUCAAUGCAAAAUAACACGAAAUUUACUACAUGUGUCAGGAAUUGGGGUUCGUUGAGUUCAAUUUGGAACCAAGACUGGGAUGAAAGAAUCAUGGAAGAGUUUGUGAACCUUGCUAAAGGAAAACGGGAAGGAUCAUUCAGUAUCAUAAGGUUCAUUGAAAACUUCAAAAGCAAACAUAAUAUGUCGACAACAAAGAAAACAAUUAAACAAAGGUUCAAGGCGAAGUUUGCUGCUGAUUUGAACGACGAGAAAAUAGAAUUGGAGACGAAGUUGAGCAUGCUUCUCCUAUACAAGAAAACAGUACAUCCGGAGCUUCGAGAACAAUUUAAAUCUCUCGGUCAUGUGUUAUAUACAGAAAAGGGAGCAAUUCAUAGUAUACUUCCAGCGUCUCACUUUCGACAGAAACCAAAAUCGCCAUCGUAUCCAUCUCCUCAUCGCCCACCGUCUGAACACUCUCGGAGAACCCCACCAUCGAGCACUCAAACUGAUCCACCAAUUUUACCAAAAUGGACACAGAAAAUGAUAGAAGAGUUUAUGGAAAUCGUAAAAGAUGAAUCAAAGCGUAAAACAUUCAGUGGACAAGAUUUUAUCACGCAAUUCAAGAAAAAUCAUGACAUCAAAUUAGCAAAAAACCACAUGAAAACUAAAUUUGUCUCAAUGUUCUCUCUUCUUCUAGAUAGCGAGAAAGUUGAAAUGGAAACAAAACUCCAAAUGCUGGGCACCUAUAGAGUAGCUGUUCCAGAAAAGCUACGCCAUGAGUUGAAAAAACUCGGAUCGGCAACCUAUAAAGAUAACGGAGUGCUUGCCCAGUUUAUCCCUUGCGUACAAACAACUGUAACUAACCAUCAAAAUAAGACAACUGAGACCCCAAAUUUUAACUUGCUCAACGGAUCUAUCUCAGCUCUACAAGAUUCCCAUGAACAAGGUGUUCCGAUUUGGCAUCCACCAUCGGUACCCACUUUUGUCCAAACACAAACCCAAUCGAUUCUUCAUCAAGGCGUCCACUCAGAUGCCAACCCAACAAUGCCAGUAGAUAAUCAAAUUUUCAAUUACGAACACAUUUCGACUGGAACUUUCAUCAAUCAAAGCACAACUUCAACGACUGGAACUGUAUUUUUCGAACCAUCAGAAUCGAUCAAGUCAUGCGAAUUUCAUCAGAUGAGUACGGUGUAUUGUUCAAGAUACACUCAAUUUGGCAUGCCGUUUACAAAUCAGCACGAAAGAUAUGACAAGUACAGUGUGCCAGAGUAUCCGAUAGCCCUAAACCAAGCAUGUUACACACCUGGAACACAAAAUGACAUUGAAACUCGUUGCGGAUUCACACCACCAGGCUUUCUGAUUGGCAACACAACUGAUUUUACCCCGUCUAUGGAUUCCAAUUUCAACUCAGCGAUAUGGAAGACUUACGAGUAA